UGCCGCUUGCCACAGUCUCUGACGCGAUUGGUUUGCGGGUCCUGUUCUGUUGUAUUGUAUCUGUCGUCCACUCUUCUUCCUCUUUCCGCCGGAUGGGAUGCUCUGACUUCACAGCCCCUCCUUUACUUCGCCACCGUCCUGUCAAUCAGCUCUUGGAAGCAAGCUACUCCUGCUCCACAGAGCAAGCAAGGUGCUUUGGGUCUCCCAGAUCAUGAGGCACAGGCAUCUCUUGCUGGUGACUGCUUGUUUGUGGGCUCUAUCCUGCGCCUUGCUGCUUCAUGCUUCCCCUGAUGGGUUGCUAAGGAUCAACCUGAACAAGAACAAACUGGACUAUGAAGCGCUGACUGCUGCAAAGGUGGCGAGGCAGGACAGCCGCCGUCUCAGGAUCAGCGGCUCGAACGGCGACGCCGUCCCCCUGGACGACUACCUCAACACCCAGUACUUUGGGGUGAUUGGCAUCGGCACGCCGCCGCAGAAUUUCACUGUGAUAUUCGACACCGGGAGCUCCAACCUGUGGGUUCCCUCGGGGAAAUGCUAUUUCUCGAUAGCAUGCUACUUCCACCACAGAUACAAGUCGAGCAAGUCCAGCACUCACAAGGAAGAUGGAGAGACUUGCAAAAUUACUUAUGGCUCUGGUUCAAUUGCUGGAUUCUUCAGCAUGGAUAACGUGCUGGUUGGCGAUCUUGUGGUGAAAAGCCAGAAGUUCAUUGAGACAACACGCGAAACCAGCAUUACAUUUAUCCUUGGGAAGUUUGAUGGCAUUCUUGGUCUUGGAUACCCCGAUAUCUCUGUCGGCAAAGCUCCUCCAAUUUGGCAGAGCAUGCAAGAGCAGAAACUGCUUGCGGACAAUGUCUUCUCAUUCUGGCUUAACCGAGAUCCUGAUGCAUCUUCGGGUGGUGAGCUUGUCUUUGGCGGCGUGGACCCUAAACACUACAAGGGAAACCACACCUACGUCCCUGUAUCCCGCAAAGGAUACUGGCAGUUCGACAUGGGGGAUCUCCUUAUUGAUGGCCACUCAACUGGCUUCUGUGCCAAAGGCUGUGCUGCUAUUGUGGACUCUGGAACUUCUUUGCUGGCUGGUCCAACAGCUAUAAUUGCUCAGGUGAACCAUGCAAUUGGGGCUGAGGGAAUUCUCAGCACGGAAUGCAAAACAGUGGUGAGCGAGUAUGGAGAGAUGAUCCUCGACUUGCUCAUAGCGCAGACAGAUCCGCAGAGAGUUUGCAGCCAGAUUGGUCUCUGUCUGUUCGAUGGCACUCACUCUGUCAGUAAUGAAAUUGAAUCUGUUAUUGGUAAAGAAAACCUGGGUUCAGACGUUAUGUGCUCAGCCUGUCAGAUGGCUGUUGUGUGGAUAGAGAAUCAGCUCCGUGAAAAUAAAACGAAGGAGCUCAUAUUGCAAUAUGCUAAUCAGCUUUGUGAGCGUCUACCAAGCCCCAACGGAGAAUCAACAGUCAGCUGCCACCAGAUCUCAAAGAUGCCAAAUCUCACAUUCACCAUUGCAAACAAGACCUUCACCCUGACACCAGAGCAGUACAUUGUGAAACUGGAGCAAGGAGGGCAAACUGUUUGCAUCAGUGGGUUCAUGGCAUUCGACAUACCGCCCCCACGUGGUCCUCUUUGGAUUCUUGGGGAUGUCUUCAUGGGAGCUUACCACACGGUGUUCGACUUCGGUAAGGACAGGAUUGGCUUCGCGAAAUCCGCAUGAAGAUAUCAUAUCUUUUUAGGGAAGUGUAGUCUGGCUAUGUCUACUGCAUGAACUCUGUCAAGUGUAGUCUGGCUAUGUCUACUGCAUGAACUCUGUCUCUUUCUGAAGAAGAGAGGAAGCAGAUGUCUGAAGAAACUACGCUAUGCUUGAGACAUCACUGCUGAUGUAUAUUAAAUAAAGACCAUUGCGAGAAAUAUCCUGCUCAUCUGAUCUCAUCUUGGGAACUGUUUUGCAUGGUUGUACAACUUAUGGUUUGUACAAGUCUAUCUGGAUUGAUCUUGAACAGCUGAACAUGCAUCAAUGCAAUUUGCUUCUUUCUGUGAAA